AUGUUGAAAGACCACCAAAGACGUGUGGCCAUGCAGUGGAUUCAGAAAUAUAUUCGCGCGUUUGGAGGCGACCCCACGAAGGUUACUCUCUUCGGCGAGAGUGCUGGGUCCGCAUCGAUCGCGAUUCACAUGAUCUUAAAUGAUGGCAACAACGAUGAACUUUUUCGAGGCGCCAUCAUGGCCUCUGGUGGCAUUUGGAAGUUGAAAGACUACCACUACAGGCAGGACUUGUUCAACUUCAUGGCCGAGCAAUCUGGAUGUGGCCAAGCUGAAGAUAAGGUCGAUUGCCUGAGGAAAGCCGACUAUGGUUUGAUCUACAACGCAUCUCAACAGUUGCCGAGCUUGGUCUCAUACCGAGCUACCCAGGUCCCUUGGUACCCACGACCUGAUGGCUCAUUCCUCAAAGCCUCACCUCACCAGUUACUCCGCUCAGGGAAUGUCGCAAAGGUUCCGUUCAUUAUUGGCGAUGUGAAGGACGAAGGAACCAUAUUUAGCAUUAUUGCCGGCCUUAACCUGACCACAGACGCGGAGUUUCAAACAUAUUUCAAAACGUACUUUUUCGACAAUCUGUCCGAUGAACAAGUCAAAAAAUUCACAGACUUGUGGCCGCAAGAUCCGGCUCAGGGUUCCCCUUUCGAUACGGGCGACUCUUAUGUUCUCGGUCCUCAGUACAAGCGUCUCUCCGCUGCUAUUGGUGACUACACAGUAAGAUUGCAAUUCCAAAUUGAAUAA